UUCACCGCGCGCUUUGGUUGAAGCCGAACCAGAACAUCAUGGCGAUUGACGGUGGCGAGCGUAACUGUGGCGUGCAUGAGCUGAUCUGCGUCAGAAAAGUCUCUCCAGAGGUGCUGGGGUUUCUGACGGCCAUCGGCCUCUUCAUCAUCCUCAUGACCCUCCUCUUCUGGUAUGUCAACAACAAGUUGACGCUAGGGAACCCAGGGAGCCUUCAGUGCCUUGAUGAGUUGAAGAAAAACACAGAGCUGCCAGACAAUGCCGACCUGCAGGGCUCGUCAUCGGACAGCGAGGAUGAGCUGAUGGGUCAGUAUCGGGAAGCAGUCAGCCGCUCGCAGGGCCUGAGGGGAGGAGCCAAGGCAGCCACUAAUGUCAGACACGCGGGAGGUUUCCGCUGGGAGAGCAGGCACAAGUACAGCGCCCUGGGCGCCGAUUAUGACGGCUACAGCAGCGAAGCCUCCGCUGACGACGUGAACUGCAUCCAGCGGAUGAGACGCACGCCGCCACUGGAUGAGCUCCAGCCACCGCCCUACCAGGAUGAGAAUGGCUCUCCGCGGAUGUCCUGCACGCUGUCCGACCUGGGAGACGCCAAGUGUGACCUGUCCCAUUCCAGCGGCAGUCCCCACCUGUCCUUCGGUAAAUGUCCCAGUGAGGGCAGUGACGGCCACGAGACGGGGGGUUACCUCAACAAGGGCUAUGAGGAGGAUGUGCCCAGUGACAGCACCGCCGUCCUCAGCCCAGAGGAUAUGUACGCCCGAGGAUCAGCAGCACUACUCCCUAAAGGCUAUGAACCAGAUCAUGCUGGGAAAUACGGCACCCUAGACGUGGUGUUCAACUACGACUCAGAGGAGCAGCAGCUGGGGGCAACCAUCAUGGCAGUAACGGACCUGCCGGCCCACAAACGCACCGGCAACUUCUCCUGGCAGGUCCACCUGGUGUUGUUGCCCACCAAGAAGCAGAGGGUAAAGACGGGAAUCCAGAGGGGCCCGUGCCCCAUAUUCACAGAGACCUUCCGCUUCAGCCACGUGGAGUCAGAAAUGAUCGGCAACUACGCCAUCAGAUUCCGCCUUUACAGUAUGCGGCGGAUGAAGAAGGAGAAGGUGCUCGGGGAAAAGGUGUUCUACCUCACCAAGCUCAACCUUCAGGGCAAAAUGUCUGUGCCAGUCAUAUUAGACCCAUGCUGUGCUCUCCUGGGUGGCGAAUCCCAGGUCAGCCUCUCAGACAUGACAUGCAGUGAAAGCGCCUCAUCAUUCCAGUCAGUAAGUCAGACCUCCACACCUGAGAUCCUCGUGGGCCUGGUGUACAACGCCACAACGGGACGUCUCUCUGUGGAGAUCAUCAAGGGCAUCCAUUUCAAAAACCUAGCUGCCAACAAGCCACCCAAUGGGCUGUUCUGUUGUCUAAAACACUUGAUAGGUGGACAGGUUUAUAUUAUCCGAGAUACGUACGUCAAGCUGACCCUGCUGAACUCCAUGGGUCACGAGAUGUCCAAGUGUAAGACAUCCAUCUGUCGGGGGCAGCCCAACCCGACCUACAAAGAGACGUUUGUCUUCCAGGUAGCCCUCUUCCAGCUAUCGGACGUCACGCUCAUCCUCUCCGUCUACAACAAGCGCAGCAUGAAGCGCAAGGAGAUGAUUGGCUGGAUUUCGCUCGGCCUCAACAGCUCCGGGGAGGAGGAGCUCACCCACUGGACGCAGAUGAAAGAGUCCAAAGGACAGCAGGUCUGCCGCUGGCACAGUUUGCUUGAAUCCUAACGGCGGCUGAGGAGUGAGUUGGGAGUGAGUUGGGAGCAAAAGGGUGAAACCGCACAGAGGAGCAAGACGUGGAUAAAGUUCCGCGGGGGAGGAGGGAUGUGACAGAACCUGUUGAGCCUGGCAUAACAUAAGCAUUUCCAUGGCACUGUGUGUAACGUCACAUUACAACAACCAUCGAUUAGUAAUAUGGCAAGUAAUGUGAUGUCAAGGAUUGUCUCGUCAUGACCUUUUGGGUUUUUUACUGCAGAUGGCACUUUUAAACCCGUUGAGGUGGGGCCUGUUCCAAAAAACAGGUUCUGGAUGGUUUAAAUCUGGUAAUUUUGUGCGCCCACACCUCUGGCCCAAACAACUGUCGACUAUCCCUCAUCUUGUCGUGAAAAUUUUCAUUUACAAUUGAAAGUCCUCAAACCCCCAUAAGGGUUAGCCUUUAAGGGCUGUUAUUAAUGUUAUAGUAAAAAUGCCUUUAGAAAAGCCAUACAAGGACAAAAAUAGUCAUAUCGCGCAUCAGUUUGAGUUUUCCUUUCUCUCCCUGUGAAACAUAAAAAUACUUCAACGACUCCCUCUGCUCUCAGGUAAGGGUCCAUAAAUGAAUAGACUAGCUAACCUUGCACAUAUAAAAUAACACUUGACCAUUGGCUAGUUAGUACUCAGCAGAGCAAUAUGAUAGUUUGAGAGGAGAGUUUUAUUUAUUCCUUUAACUGUCAUCCUCCUCCUCGUGGUCUCACAGCACAGGUCUUAUGCUGCGUUCACACCAAACGCGAGGCCAAAUCUUUCGCGCAGUGGGCCACACAACCAUGUCCGGGGUCUACUUCGCACUGCUCGACUGGCUCCGGCCCGGUCCGCUUCAACCAAUGACGCCGUUUCCCUAGCUGAUCGGUCACGCAGUGUCUGCUGCAGAGGUGACGGAGAGAUGAUCGUACGUCCACCAGCCGUCGUCUCCUCCUCUCCUUGAAUUUCACCAGAUGUCGAUGGCAUAAGCCAGAUGUGUGGCUACAUUAAGUUACCAUCACUGCCCACGCCAACUACUCUGAUCAUCACCUAUUAAUCGCCACGAUCGUCAUUCCCUUUUUGACUAGAAACCAAAACAUGCCAUUUCUUCCAUCCAAGACUUAAUGAAACAAGUUUCUUCAACUUAACUUGGCGUCAGGUAAAAGUCCCCGUGUUGUAAAUGUUGCUGGUUAUUACUUUGCCAAAGCGUAAUUCACCAUCUGUUGCAUUCAAACAUAUGCAGGACUCGGGGGAACAGAGGAACACCCGAGGAUUUCUUUUAUAGCCUGUGGAGAAAUAAUUUGAAGAUUCGAGUCAAUAUGACUACAUUUUAAUGAAUUCUUGUCUCAGUCGACACUGCCAAGGUUAAACAUCUCAUCUCUGAGCCUCGAACAAUAAAACAGCACGUGUCUAAUUUUAGACACAGUUUUCCAAGCAAAUACAAUUCAUGACAAAUAACCGUGACAACACAGACAGCGACGUUGUCGCGGUUGAUGUUGAGAUGAAGAGCGGUAGUGCUCCCUGACAAGGAAUGUGCUUUUUCCGCACUGUCAGAUAUUUUUGGAAAACAGUCGUUUGCGUAAGCAGAUUGAUAUUAUGUAGAAUAGUGUCGUGGUGACUUUAUCGGUUUGAUAAUCUUGGGUUUCCGUCGACCAUUCAAAAGAUACACUGGAUGUCAAUGAACUUUUCAAAGACAUCUCAAGACACAAAUAUUAACGGAAAUCUCUUCACAGCAGUGAACCUAACAGGUGAGAAGAAACUGUACCUGUUACUCUCUUGUACUUGCUAUGGUGCUAUGUAGGCGCUGUGGCUGCAAACACACACACACACACACACACGGAAUCUCUUGCCUUAGUCGGUCAACACAUCCAUUUUUCUCAGCGGAGACUUGAAUCCGAUACAGACACCCUCAGAGCACACAGACCUGCGUUUUACAGAUUUGUUUUACAAUUACAGAUUACACACACCACUCGGCUUCGCCGAAGGUGAUUCAGACUUCUAGGAACUGUUGUCACAGGAGCGUGUGUAUCAACAGACUCGCAGAACGUGGGUUAUUGUUUCGUAUUUUUAACUGUGGACACUUUCUCGCGUCAUUGAAUUCUACAGACAAAAAAAACAACAAAUGCAUAUAUUCCUCACUGUGCCUGUGGUUGUGGUGAAAGCUAGCUUCGUGCAGUGUUAACCAAGUGGAUGUGCCUGUGUGUGUGUGUGCGUGCGCGUGUGUGUGUGUGUGUGUGUGUGUGUUGAAUGCAAAGGUACAGUAAAGGAGACGCUGGGGGCUGUGAUAUCAGUAGUUGUUUCAUUUUCUUGCUGGAUGUGAUAAAUUGUGACUUUAAUUACCGGUAUUUAGAACAAAAUAACCCACUUCUUGACCGUCUGCUAUAAAGUUUAUAUACAUUAAAUGUUUUCCUAUCUAUUUUUGUAACAAUAAUGGGGGGGGGGGGCUUAAAUGUGUCGAGACAGUUAUUAGUGAUUCAAAUAUUAACCCAACUCUGUGAGCAAUACUAUUGUGGAUUGCUGCUCAUUGUUAUUCUACGAGAGUGUAAAGUAACACGACUAUGUGUCAUAGCAGCUGGUACAUUCUCCUCUCUAAAACCGGGGAGGGAAAGUGACGGACCGGCAGAGCUCGUGUCAAUCCCAUCUGUCAAGACUUCUGAAGCCUCGAUGCUUUUCCAACAGCGUGGAACAAAAGCACAGCCUUAACAGCACAACGGCGAAACACACCAUGUGAAAGAUCAGACGUGCAUUUGACACAUCGUAUAAUUUUUCAAUCCAGAAUGAGAUGGUAAAUCCACAGUUGCGUGACCUUGCCGUGUUUAGUAACAUUUGCUCCUUCAUCACCUCCUGCUCGUCAAACCUACCGAAAGAAAGGGAUGGUGAUCUAUAGUUGAAUCACCAGAAGCUGUGGAGGAAUAUGCUGUAAAUACCUUUAAAGUCUGUAUUAUUAUCAACGAGGAAGUUGGUUUGCGUGCAUCUCACUUUCUCCGUGGAUGAUGAUGUGGCGAACAUUGGUGGAAAGAAAAAUGCUCUUCACCGACUCAUCACUGAACGUUGAUGAUGCCAUAAAGAAAUUGGUAACUGGACGUAAAUUGAAAAAGGGUAGACUAUACUCUCACACCAUCUUUACAGCACCACACACCCUGUGGAAUGUUAAAACCAAGUCCUGCUACUAAAUACGGAAGCAAAAGAGGGCCAAUAAAAUGCUGUUAUUUAGGAUGUAUCUGAAGUUAUUUGAUUUAAAAUUUCAACUUUGGUCAGAGUUGUACUGGAAAAGUUCAAGGAACCUAAAAUGAAACGAAAAAGUUAAAGUUAUAAUAUAUACGAUCAACACCUCUGUCCUGUUGUUCUGUCAGUCAUGUGAAACCCAAACACUUGUAUUUAUAGUUUGUGUUUUCAAUUCGUUCUUUUUUUAAUUCAGACCACAUCGAUUUAGAUAAUGAUUUCCGAGGUAAAAUACUUUUAAUUUAGAGGUAAUUAGAUUUCAAUACUAACGUAUUCGGCAGUUAGUUUUCAUUUGGGUUGCAAUUUGGCAUGCAGCAUUAAACUAUCAGAGUAUUGCCUUUCUUUGCUUCCAUACAGAUGACACGCGGUGGAGGAACAUCCUCUUCCAAUGUUUUGCUCGUCUUUCACAAGAUGUGUUUCACCCAUAAGGUUUUUAAAACGAUGUAUACGUGCUUAGCUCGAAGUAUGGUUUUCAUUCGCUUUCACUUUCUUAACACGUUUUUGAAGACUUUUCUGAAUUUUACUGCUGGUCUUCUCUGAUUUGGUUUUGAAUCGACCUAUGCCUCACACACGGCAUCGGUGCCUUACUGUUUUUCACUCGGCUACCUUGUGUCACGGUGUCUUAAUGUAUUUGUAAAUGUUCCAUCCCUCUGUACUGCUCGGGCAGAGUUGUAAAAUGUCUUACAAACUGAUUUAUGAUAGAGGCAGUUUACAUGUGGUAAGAUUAUUGUUUAUAAAGGAAUAACAA